UAGAGAGUGAAAAAAAAAUUUGCCUUUUAAAAUAUCAAAUUGUCUCUUUAAUAAAAAACACAAAAGUGAGAAGUGCCAUAUAUUGAUAAUCGAAAAAAACAUAAAGCGCCGGUAGACAAAUACUCUAUAUCUAUGUCUAUCUGUGUGUAAUUAGUCGCAUUAAUUUCCCGAUAGAGAGAGCUAAAUACACACGUUUAGAAUUUGCCGACCGCUUUUGCAGGCGCUCUGCGCUCGUGCCGCCAUUUUGAUGUUCACGUCAAGCGCUCGUUUCUUGUGGUGGACAACGCGCUACACCAGUUCGAGAAGCGUUCCGCGUGCCCGCGUUCGUCUUCAAUUCAAAAGAAAAAUUGUGUAAAUCUUUGAUCCUUAUUCAAAAGGUGUGCGUGUGUGUAUGUGUGUCUGUGAUUAGAGAUUUUCGAGAGGCAAUCGACCCCCCGAGUGUGCGGCUCAGUGGCCUCACUCUCUCGCUGACAAGUGACAGGUGAAUCGAUCGCGUUCUAUCGUUUUGCGGACUGUGUGUGUGCGGUGUGUGCUUCGACUCUCUAGUUUGCAAUUCAUUUUUUUGCCACCCUGUGCAAAAUAAAUGCCGUCUUUUCUAUAGUGACCCUCUGCGUCCUCGACUAUUCUCUCUCUCUCUCUCUCUCUUCCUUCAUUUCCUCACGCAGUUUUCUCUCCCGCCGCAACCCAUCCCACCCCCUCCCUCUCUCUCUUUCCCUUGCAACCCUGCCACAGUCAGUUACGUUCGGUUAAAUCAGCGAGCCAAAGAGCAAGUGUGAAUUCUCAAUUUCGGGACCACGCGGUCCCGGAAAAACGGCUAGAAACUCACCCUCCCACCUCUCAGCCGUGUAACAACAUUGACGAGAGUGUUUAACCUCGAUGUCGACGUCCCUUAACCUCCUGCCGACCCCGUGUCGUUUACAGGAAGAAGCGGGCAUAUCGCCACUUAAAUGCGAUCCCAUGUGCCACUACGUCCCCGGCCUCUAAACCCGCCGAUUGACCUAGAAGUCCCACCCUGGCCCGGGAACAUGGCCAAGUUCCUUAACAAGGAUCCCGUCACCUAUGAGCGCGAGCGAGAAAGCUUCAUCAAGGAACUCCACCAUUUUCACGAAACUCGAGGAACGGCUUUCAAGAGAUAUCCUAAAAUUAGUGGAAAGGAAGUGGAUUUGUAUUUACUUUACGUCCUUGUUACUGCUCAUGGAGGUUGGAUUAAGGUAAAUUCGAAAAAUGAGUGGUCGGUUCUCUGCGAACAGUUUCAUUUGCCAAGUGGCUGUGUCAAUAGUGGCGUUGGACUCAAACAAAUCUAUCUUAGGUAUCUAGAUAGAUAUGAGAAAGUACAUUUCCUAGGUGAAGAUGGUCAGCAAGCAGAUGAUGACGAUGAAGAUUCGAGGCAUCGAAAAUGGUCGGCUCGAUCUCUUCAUUCAGUUCCAUUAACUUACAAUCAUCAUCAACAUAAUGUAACUGAGUCGCUGAGGGAUUAUAAUGGACUUUCGGCUGAUUUGUAUAAACCAUCGAACUAUGAUAAAUUGGCCCUCUCACUAUUGUCGCCCCUUCCAAAUGAGCAGGAUUUUGCAAUAAAUGUAUGUACCCUAUUGUCGAACGAGGGCAAACACACGUUGCGUCUCGACAAAUAUCCACGGCUUGUAAAUAUACUUUUGGCACAUGCCGGCGUUUUUGAUUGUCUCGGAACGCGUCAACUCUUCAUUGAGGUCUAUUCAAAAGUGAGAAAUUAUUCGAUCAAUUCAUUUUGGUCGGAUGUACUCGACUCACAGGAUGUCAUUGAUUUGACGGACGAGAGAAUUUUUCUUAAGAAACCAUCGCCAACGCUAAACACAUUCUCGAGGCGGAGAAAUUUGAAAAAAGAAAAAACGAACAAGAAUCAAGAGAAAAAUGAAGAAUCUGCUGCCAAUACUGCGGAGCCAGUAACGGAAAUAUCAGAAUGCGUUCGAUUGGUGCCCGCUUGUAUUAGCCAAGCUGAUGAAACGCUCAGGGAUCAAAAUCAGAAUUCGAUAAAAUUCGAGGAGGAAGACCUCGAGCUUUUUUGCGUGGGUCGAACGCUUGGCACACAAGAUCCCUAUGGACAACGUGUACUUCAAAUAGCGUCGAUUCUACGAAAUUUAAGUUUCACGGCAGAGAAUGCCGUUGUUCUUGGACGAAAUCGUUGCUUCUUGAGAUUUGUACUUCUUUGCAUUAGAUCGAGAUGGAGUAAUCUUCAUCAAUUGGGCUUUGAUACAUUUGGCAAUAUUGCCAAUGAAAUUAUUCUUAAUGAAGCCGGACCAAGAAUAUGUGACGUUGCAAUAUCAUGCGUGACAAGAGGCAUCGACUCUCAAGACAGGUUCAUCGUGAUUGCCUGUCUUGAGAUCCUCAAUAAAAUAAGUCAACAGGAUUGCAAUGAGGAUACACUCACUUCAGAAUUGAGUGACAAUGUUUACGAACUCAUUUGCAGAUUCCUUGCAUUGAGCGAUAUUGCUCUAUUGGUUUACACAUUGGAGUGUCUCUAUGCGCUAACUUCCUUGGGUGAGAAACCCUGUACGAGCGUCGCGCGGGUUCGCGGUGCUAUAGACACACUUGUGGCAUUGGUGACAGUUGAAGCACAAAGUUAUGGACCAAAAGCAUGUAUUCUGAUGAGGGUCGUCGAGACAGUUUCGACAAUUCCAACGUCAGCGACUGCUCCAAUUUCGGGAUCGAGUACAACGUCAGCAGUUGCUUCAAUAUCGGCACCAGCGUCGACGCCAAUUGUUCCUGUUUCAACACCGACACCGCUAACAGCGACUCUUACUCCGUCGCCGAGUCCAAGUCCAGUGCCUGUGCCAGUGCCGGUGGCAGUUGCAGUUGCAACACCGGCACUAACGCCAGUCUCGACUCCACUAAGUCCAGCGCCAUCGAGACCAUCAACACCGGCUGCAGCCGCGGUUGUUGUUAACGCUGUUACCACUGUUGGUGCUCCUGUGACUCCUGUCAAAACAAUGACGCACAAAGUUCUUGAAACUGCAAGUCCAGUUCAACCACAAAAUACGCAUCAACAAAUUAUACAAGAAAACGAACAAUUCGCUCUUUUAUGGUUAAGAACGACCUUCGAACUUUCACCAGGCGUGCGCAUUGAACAAGAGGAACUCUAUAAAAAAUAUCUUGGAUUCUGCACGAAAUCGGGUAGAAGAGGUGUCAUUGCUCCUUUACACUUUCCACGAUGUGUUAGGUCGGUGUUUGGUGCAUCAGUGGGCCCAAAUGCAAUAAAAGGUGAUUCAAUUGGAGUGCAAUGCUACGAUGGAAUACGUGUGCGAUCACUGACAGUUCCUGUUUCGAGUUCAUGUCAAAUGGUUGUUGGAACAAAUACAACGAUGCCAAUUGCCACACUGGCGUCAAUGUCAACACCAAUUACAAUCGGCAGCAAUUUAACUCCCGCUAAGGUGCUUCCCGUGCAACAACGUACAAUCACGGCUAUAAAUCCCGUUCCAGAUAGCACUGCCCUUGAAAAUAAUCCUGGAAUUCAAAAAAGCUCCGCCCCAGCAUCCCCAAUCCUUAAGGCCCAACUUUCUGCACCACCAAAACCUCCCACUCCGAAUCAAGCCCAGAAUCCGGUCACCAAGAUUGACUCGAAAAGUCAGGUGUCAGUGUCGCACCCCCAUUUGAGCCAAGCACUACUGGCAACUGGAUCUCAAACGCAACAACUUCAACAGCCUCUUCAGCAGCAGCAGCAAAUUGGACAAGUGCAGCUGCAAUGCCAACAACAACAGCCGCAAAUCAUUCAGGUUCAGACAUUAAUCCAAUCACCGUCUCAGCAGAUCCAGGUGAUGGUGAGGGAAGAUGCAAGAGCGAGCACCACGUCUAGUUCAAUUAUUAAGAGCCUAUUGGCAACAAAGGUAACGGUCAGCGGCGACUGCAUGCCCAGUGCCGCUACGACUUGUGUGUCUGUCCCUUCUGCCUGCGUAACAAAUACUACUAGCAUCGCAUCUGGCAUCAGUGUCAACCAGCUAAUAACCAGCAACCAGGUCGCCCAACGUCAACAACAGCAAAGGUUAUUGCAACAGCAAUUGAAUGUUCAGUCUUCAACUCCUGCAACGACGCCAACAUCUGUAGGAAGUCAAUUGAACAAAUCUUUCGUAAAUUCAAAGCAAAAAACAGCAAUCGUGACGACGACUCCUGCCAAAAAAAUACAAAGGCUCAACGGAGCCAAAGUCAUAAUGACUAACAAUUUCGACAAGACUGAAAUAAGCGAUAAUGAAAAUGGACAAACAAAAUUACCGGUGCAAGUGUCGAGCGAUAAUCAUGUGUCUAUUGGAGGGAAAAUAUGUCGACCGCCAUCAAUUACAACAUCGACGUCAGUGUCAAGCACAAUAAAUAAAAACCAAAGAUCAAUUUGUACACCAAUUGCUGAAGAUUCAGAUUCGACGAAUAAUUCCUUGGCGUCAAGCAGUGGAAUUGGCGGUAGUCGAGAUUGUUCGGGUGUUGGUCCCGAGGAGGAAAAUUCACUCACUAGUUUUGAAGGUAUUCUUCUAAAUGGCGCUCCCACUAAUCUCGAUAUUGAUGCAAACGAUGAUGGAUCGUCAAAAGAUUCAUCAAGCAUUAGCUGUAAAGAAAAACCUCUUCAGACAAUGAUGCUUGCUGAUUUGCUUGAAAAGAAAGUCGACAAGGAACCUGUUUUGAAUGGUGUUUUAGGUAAAAAUUCAAUUAAUGAGAAGGGAAUGGAUCUAGUUGAGAAUCAUAUAAAGAAAGUCCUUAAAGAAUCUCCCACCGAUAUAAAAAUAAAAGUUGAACACGAUGAUAAUAUGAUAAUGCAAACUGAUGUUUCGGAAGAAACGCUAAUUGAGGCUCCUCGCAAUAUGAAAAGAUCAGCGAAUGAAAUAAAUGAAGUUGAAUUAAAAAAGCCAAAAUAUUCAAACGGCACUACAUCACCCGAUCCGGCUGUCGAUUCAACAACUGUCGAAUCAACGCUCUCUAGUAUAAAAUCCGAGGAUCUUGACGAUGAUAAAGAUGGUGAGAAAGCAACAGUUUCAUCGACGGCGGCAAAUCUUUAUGCAGCGCUCGCUGCCGAUAUUAUUGAGGACGAAACUGAUCUUGAGGAUCCAAUGCCAAUGAUAACUGUAAAGGAGGAACCAAUGCCAAUAAUAAAAGUAGAGGCACCACAGCAAACGGUGAUUAAUCAAUAUGAACAUCAACAACAGCAAGCGCAUCAACAAUUAAUAAUGGCAACACCAAGGCAAAUUAUGGUACAACAGGCAAUUCAACAAAUUCAAUCAAAUAGUCCAAUGAUCAUUCCAACUGUUAAGGGAAGACAAACACAAUCGCAGCCACAAGUUCUUUUACAACAAAGUGCCGCCGGUCAAUUGCAAUAUGUCGUCUCUGGCGGUGUACCGGGACAAAAUUAUGUUCUUGCGCAGCCACAAACGGCCCUUGUUCAGGGGCAGGCACAAACUGUUCUUGUUGCACAGACAACGCAACAGCAAGGCACCGGGGCAAAGACAAUAAUUAUUCUUCAACCACAAACACAGCAUACGCAGUCGACGCAACAAAAAAUGGUUGCUGUCACACCUCAAGGACAACAGGUUGUCGUAACGCAAGUUCCGCGACCGAUUUUACAGAGUCCUGCACUUGGAAAUAUACCACCUCCUUUGGUUCCAACAUCGGCAACAAUUCCCCAAUCAAUAAUUGUCAACAGUUCCAUGGCGCAGAGUAAUCAGAAUACGGUGACAGUGACAAUUCCAGCAUUAGCGCAACAAUGUCCAGUGACAACAACGAGUAUUCCAUCGAGAGUUGUUACACCAACGCCAGCGUCAACACCACCGCCAACGAGGCCGACGACACCGCAUCAAGCGGCGGCGACACAACACACAAUCACCAUGAAACAACCGAUUAAAAUCGUCAAAACCGUUAGCUCUUCCACAUCGACUGAACCCGAAUCCAAACCUUCCACGAGUCAACAAACGGAACCCAAAACAAUCACCAUUAAAAUUGAUCCCAAUGCCUUUUUAUGCGAAUGGCGGGGAUGUCACAGGCAAUUUAAGACUUCGCACGAUGUUUAUCUUCACGUGUGCGAAGCGCAUUGUCCAAAUGGAGGUGAAGAAAUUCUCUGUCUUUGGUCAAAUUGUGACAAUCUUAAACGUCGUCGUUUUUCUCUGAUGACUCAUUUAUAUGACAGGCACUGUAAUGCAGAUGCCAUGUCGGUGAGACGAAAACAAUUGUCGCUUUCGGGUAAGACGGAGGUAUUAACGACGACGGCACCGGCAACGACGGCAGCCCCCAUCUCAACGUCACAACAUCCUGGUUAUGCGCCUAACGCGGCUUUCCACGCCAUUAAAAGGCACGCCUUAGAGUUCGUCAAUCCAAAAGAAUUAAUGCAAAGGCCAACUAAGCCCGCUGCAGCCAUCACAAGCACUUCUUCUCCCAGACCUGGGCAAAAUCCUCCGCCAGAACAGGAUGACAACGAAGGUCCUGUGACCAAGAGUAUUCGUCUAACAGCAGCUCUUAUCCUUAGAAACCUAGUCAUUUACUCUGCACAUGGCAGAAGACACUUAAGGGCUUAUGAACCACAUUUGGCGGGAGUGGCGUUAAGCAACGUUGAAUCAUCCCGUACAAUUGCACAAGUCCUUUAUGACAUGAACGAUCAGAGUAACAACAGUCACAGGUGACCUUUCGAAUCAGGCCUCUGAUCCUUUCAGUUUUACUAAAAAAACAAAAAAAAAAAAAACUAAAAAAAGAAGAAAAAAAAAAUGAGCAGCGAUCAAUUUCACAAGUUCUACACUGUUUGUGAGUGUGUGUAUGUGUGUGUGUGUAAAGUUUUUACUACCUGGUUAAAAGAAAAAUACAACUUUUUUCAAUAUAGGUGAUAAACUUUUCUUCAGGGAGGGAAAAAAAAGGAAAAGUAAAUAAAACAAAAAGCAACACAACAAAACACAUCGGACUAAUAAUGUUCCGUACACGUAGUUGAUAUAAAUGUACGUUAAUUAAGGUUUAAAAAAAAAAAACAAGAGAAACAAAAGAGGCCUACAAAACUUAUCUUAACAGGCAUGUAUUUUGCCAAUUUUUACUUUGAAAAAAAAUGAUGUUGGGAAAAUUUUUAGAGAAGAAAAAAAAAAUGUUUUUCGCGAAUGUAAAAGAAAAAAAAGAAAGAAAAAACGCGCGGAACAGUGAUAAAACAAAAAAAAAUGCGAGGCAAGAUUUAAUGUUAAUAAUUUAUUUUCUCAAACGAGCAGCGAAUGUUUUUUUUUUUUUUUUUUUUUAUUAGUAAAUGUGUAGAAAUCAAUUAUGAUGGUGAAGAAGAUACUUUUACGGACGUUAUUAGAUAAUUAUAAUCAUUAACACUAUUAUAUGGACUACGUUUCGUUUUUUUUCUUCUUCCCAUUUUUUUUUCACAUUUAAAAACAGUAAAAAAAAACAAUUUUUUUUUUUCUCAACUAUCGUUUCUUUUCUUUUUAGUUUCUCAUCGACUGUUUUUUUUAGUCACUGGAAAUCUAGACUGUAAAGGAACUUUUUAUUGAAUGUAUUUGUUAGGAGUCUGUAAUUAUUAUCAUUAUUAUUAUUAUUAUAUUAUUAUUAUUAUAUUAUUAAUUAAUAUUAUUAUAUUAUUAAUUAUUAUUAUUAUUAUGCAUAUAUAAUUGCACAUUGCAAUUACAUGGCUAUUAUAAUUUUGCGUAUGAUUCUUGUACUCGAUGCGAUUUCAGCUGUUUCAAUUUUUUAUCGUAUCAAAAAAAAGGAGCUUUUGGAAUUAUUGCUCUCAAGUUAUAAACAAGAAAUUGACGUUUUUUUUAAUAUAUAUAUUAUAUAGUUUUUACAAAUUAGAUUCGAAGUUUUCAAAAAUUGACGCUUUAAAAUAUCAAAAAAAAAGAAAAAGAAAAAAAAAUUGUUAUUAAAUUAAGUAAAUUUUUUUUCUUUUUUCCAGAUGAAUAUUUUGAAAGCAUUUUUGUUUGUACAAUCAAUUUUGUAAAAUCAAUAUUUUUUUUUUGAUAAGGUUUAAAAAUCUUUUCAAAUUUUCUAUUUGGAAAAUGGAUUUUUGUUGUUAAAAAAAAGAGACGCAUGCGAUAAUUUGAAAAUUCUACUUUUGGGUUAUUUUUUUUAUCUCAUUUUUAAGUAGAGGAAAAUUUUGACAUUUUUUUACUUUCUAGUGUUGAUGUAAUUGUUAUAUUUUUCAAAUUAUUAUUAUUAUUUUUUUUUGUCAACUAUUUUACGUUUUUCUGUUUUAUUCUGUAAUUUUUCAAUUUUUUUUUCUUUUUUUCAAAUGUAAAUUUUUGACAAUCAAUUUUAAUUACUAGUUUCAAUUUUUAGUUAAAUUAAAUUGAUGAUAUCCUCUUUUUUGAUGUUAAUAAAAACAUAUCAAUUUUUUUUGGCAGAGAAAUAAUUAUAAACUAAUAAAUUAUGAAACUGAAUUGAAUAAAAAUAGAAAAAUAAAAGGAAAAAUUAAUAAAUUAAAAGGAAUAACGUAAAAAAGAAGAACGUAAAUAGAAUUUUGUUUUUUUUUUUUUUGUAAAAGAAUGUCAAAAUUUUUUUUCACUGUUUUUCUAAAAUUUAGUAAACUAGAAAAAGUGGAAUUUUGCGUCAUUGUAAAAUGAUUGAAUUUUGAAAAGAAAAGUCCAAUGAAGAAAUUUAAUUCCAUCAAAGAAAUGCUUUAUUUUGUAAAUAUCUUUUCAUAUAUAUAUAUAUAAAAAAAUAUCGAGUUUAGCUGUGUUUUUUCUCCGAUUUUCGCUGCGAGUGAAUCACAUUGUGUUUUCUUUUUUUUUUCUUUUUUUUGUUUUUGUUCUCUUUGACAUUUUUUUUUUUUUGUACGCGUAUGAAUAUUUUUUUUUGUUGUAUAAAAAAAAAAGAAUUUACGUUUUUUGCUGUUGCAGCAAAGUUUUAUAUUGUGUACUAUGAAUGAAAAGAAAAAAAAAUCGUGACAUCAUACAUACGUGUAUGUAUAAAUAAUUAUUAUAAAUAUUAUUAUGUAUACAUGUAUAUGCAUUUCAUGUCUUAUGUGCAUAUAUUUGUAUAUAAACAUUAUUGCGAAUAAAAAAAAAAAAAAAUCAAGCCGACAUUAUGAGAUGAAUAUUCAUAUAAAUAUAAAUAAAUAAAUAUAUAUAUUCAUAUAUAUAUAUACUUGUAAAUAACGUAAUUCAUUGACUGUGUAAAAUUCUAAAUGUAGGUAUGAGAGAGCGUCUGUAACGAAUGCCUAUUCGGCUGUUUUCUGUAUUAUAGUAGUCAUUUGAUAUAUAUAAAUGCAGAUGAAAAAAGAAAAAAAAAUGUAUCGGAAAAGAUUUUUUUAUUGAUAAAAUAUUGCCCUAUUAAACGAAAGAAAAAAAUGAAAUGAAAGGGAAAACUAUUUAAAUUUCGACGAGACAAACGAAAAUCAGUUUAUUAUUAUUAUUAUUAUUUUUUUUACUUCGUUUUAUACAUACAUACAUACAUUUUAUAUAAAUGUAUUUUUUUUAAAAUAUCACUAUUUCCCCUCCCCCCCCUUUUUUUUUUUGAAAUAACUGCAUUUUUAUCGUUUGUUGAAUUUCUCUAAAAGUAGUAUAUUACUUUGUUUAUAAUAACUAAAAUAUUUUUUUAUUUUCAUAUUUUGACAUUUAUUUUAAUUCUUUUUGAUUCUUUAGGUUAAGAUUGUAAAAAUUUCAUUUUUUUAAAAAAAAACUUUUUUUACACGUUUACAAAAAGUUGUUAAAAUUUUUGAUACAAAUUUUUGUUAGACAUUUAAAAAAAAUGAAAACUAAAAGAUCUCAUUCCCUCCAAAAAAAAAAAAGAUAAUUGUAAUUUAAACCAAAAAUGUAUAAAAAAAAAUCCUUGAAUAUAGGUCUAACAAAUAAUAUAUAUGUAUAUAUGUAUAAAAAAAAUUUACUUUUUCAAUAAUUACGAAAAAAAAAAAACUGUACAAAUGUUUGAUUUUCGUUCGUCUCAAUACGAAUCGAAGUUUUUUUGUUCCAGUUUUCUAAUAAUUGAUCCUUGGAUCAUGUGUUAAUAAAAUAUUAAAUAGGAGGAAAAAAAAAAUGCAAAUAUGUCCUAUUUUAUGAUCUAUUCCUCUUUUUUUUGUAAUUAUAAAUAUUUCAUUUUACUUUAAAAAAAGAAAAAAAAAUUUUUUUUAUAUCUUUCUUUACUUGUAAUAAAAAUGAAAAAAAAAAAAUGCGAAACUCGAUGAGAUGAGUGUACGAAUGGAGAAAGAAUAUUGUAUGAUUAAUUAAAUUAAAAACGAAAUGAUUGUAAAACGACGAAAAUAUAAAUGUAUCUGAAUUUUUUUUUUACUGUUUUCGAAGUUGAAUGAGAGAGAAAAAGUGAGAGAGAGAGAGAGAGAAUUAAAAAGAUGCGAAUGUUAGAAUAUUGCAAUUGAGUGAUCAUCUAAGUAAAAUCAUUGCCGUAUUGUCAUCAUUUACCAGACUUGUCAUCUAGAAAUGUGCAUUACGAAGAAAAUUUAAAUAUAACAAUUAUACAAUUACAA